AUGGCGAGCAUCCAGCGGAACGAAAACCCCGAGGAUGUGUACGAAGUACUGGAACGCAUCGGUGAAGGGUCCUACGGCAAGGUCUACAAGGCUGUGAACAAAUUGAGCGCCGAAGUCUUGGCGCUCAAGGUGGUGCCCGUGGAGAGCGAGGACCGAGAUGCGUUCGAUGAGCUCACGCGCGAAAUCCGCAUCCUGGAACGCUGCGAGUCGCCGUUCGUGGUGCAGUACUGCGGCAGCUUCUCGUACGAGUCGCAGCUCUGGAUCGCCAUGGAGUUCUGCGCUGCCGGGUCACUCGCCGACCUGCACGUACUGCGCGGACGUCAUGUGCUGAGUGAGGCGGAGAUCGCUGCUGUUUGCGCCAAUGUCGCGCUGGGACUCGCGCACUUGCACUCCCGAGGGCUGAUCCACCGCGACAUCAAGGCUGGCAACUUGCUGCUGAACGGCGACGGAGUGGCCAAGCUGGCGGACUUUGGCGUGUCGGCGCAGCUCACUGCAACCGUAGGCAAGCGGCGUACUGUGAUCGGAACACCAUUCUGGAUGGCACCCGAAGUGAUCCAGGAAGCUCAGUACGACUGCAAGGCCGACCUCUGGUCGCUGGGUAUCACGGCGCUCGAGUUGGCCGAAGGAGAACCACCACUAGCCCACAUGCACCCAAUGCGCGCUAUCUUCCUGAUCCCGAACCGCGCACCGCCCGAGCUUCGUGAGCCUCACAAGUACUCGGCCGAGUUCCGCGACUUCCUGGCUGUUUGUUUGAAGAAGGACCCACAGGAGCGCGCCUCGGCCCAAGACUUGCUGCGCCACCCUUUCAUCGCUCGCAAUGUCGAGCGACUGCGUGCUAACUCCGAUCGUUCGGCGGCAAGUGGCACGCGCAUGGCUGGGCUACCCGUGCUUCAAGAACUGGUCGAGCAAAGUUUGGAGCUUGUGCAGGAGGCUCGACUGCGGGGUGUCGAGGAUGAAGCCGAGUUCCGUGGUGCCGCCACAGGCCGCCCCGAUGGCUCGCUGUCGGUUGCAGACAUCAGCACCAUGCUGCGCAAUGGCUCCAUCAUUAGCAGCGGCACUGGUGGGUUUGGAGGCUUUGGAGGUUCGGAUACUGCUGUGGGCUUUUCGUCCGUCCGCCGUUCUUCGAGCGACACGGCGUCCUCACUGGGCUACGGGAGCUUUGGAGGCGGCACCACCGUCUUCUCUUCCAGUGCCUCUGCAGACGACGAAAGCUGCGGCACGAUGGUGUACAGAGGUGAUGACAACAAGUCCACUAACUCCACUAUGGACAGCACCAGUUCCGAGACCCGAGAGAGGGAGAUCACGUCCAGCGACUUGUACGGCACCAUGAUCCCCGUGGCAGCAUCAAGCACUGUCCGUCCACCUCCAGCUCCCGUCAUGCCAGCCUCCAACUCCAGAACAAGCAGUCGCAGCAGUAGCCGCGGCAGCAGCCAAGGUGAAUCCGCUCGACCCGAGGCCGAAAGCAACGAGCCUUCCUUCAUGAAGUACUUCCGACGAAUCACCAGUUCCUCCUCCAAGUCGGCCACGAUUCGUGCGGCUGGCCCUGCGGCGGAGGCUUCCGUGGCUUCACUACGAUCUGUGCAGCAGAAGCUUCGCCAACUCGAGGAAGACUACGAACGUGACCGUCAAGAACUUGCUCGACGCUUUGAGAAGCAAAAGGCCGAGCUGGAACGCCAGCUCGAAGACUCGAGUCUCCAAGGCUAA